AUGGCGCCGCAGAACAAAUUGAAGUUGCCCAAGCAACUUAUUGACCAGCUUGGACUUGGAGAUGAUACUUUUACUUCGCAUCGAAAGUCCGGACCCCCUACUGGAAAGAGAAAGGACCUGCGAAAGGGUGCACGAGCGGAGAAGAAGGUCUCCAGAAAUGGACCUCCUCCCACAAAGAGAAAGAAACUAUAUCAUGUACAAGAAGAGGUCAAUUCUCCUUUCGAGAACUCUAUCCCCGAGAACCGCAAGAAACAAGCCCGAGAGGAAUCCGAAAGCUCCCAUAAACCAAAGUCGAUCUUGAAGGCUACGAAAAAGGUGGAUCCGCCUCAUAAUGCUCCACAGCCUCUGAAACGUACACGCACUGUUCGCUCAGUAUCACCACUUGCGAAAAUAUCGAGGUCUGUUCAGAAUAAGCUGGCCGAGGAUGACGAGGAGAUCGCUUCUCUCGAGAAAAAGCUGGGCUUAAAGGGAAAGAAGAAACUGCCUCAAUCUUUCAAGGAUGAUGGGUUAGAUGAGCUGUUGGAGGGCUUGGAUGAAGGCGAAGAUUCUGAUAUCCCGGAAAGUAAAAAAAGAAAGGCUGAGGGGGAUGAAUGGUUAACCCGAAAAAGGAGGGAAGCGAGGGAAGCCAGCGGCCAGCAGUCAAAAGACAGCGAGGAUGAAGAAGAGGAUGAUUUGUCUGAUCAAAAUAGUGAAGAGGACGAUGGUGCUUCUGACAUGUCACUGGAUGGCCCUGAGUUCCCUGACGACGAUUCAGAGGAUGAUUUCGGUGGAAUGGGAGAUGAUGGAAUGAUUUUGGACGCUGACGGCGACUUCGCUUCUGAUGAUGGCAACGAAGAAGAAGACGAACAACCAUCUCGUCCCCGACUCCGUGAAAAUCCAUACGUAGCGCCGAUCGCCAAUAGUGACGCACCUCAGAAAUACAUACCACCUUCACUAAGGAAGCCGGCGUCUUCUGAUUCAGAGGCUCUGAUUCGACUUCGGCGUCAGACGCAAGGUUUAGUUAACAGGCUUACAGAGUCGAACAUGAUCUCACUUUUGGGCGAUAUAGAGAAGCUCUACCGGGAUCAUCCACGGCAGCAUAUAACCUCGACACUUGUGGAUCUCUUGUUGACGUCUGUAUGUGAGCCAACGAGCUUACCCGAUACUUUGAUCAUCCUUCCAGCAGGAUUCAUUGCAGCUAUCUACAAAAUCGUUGGUAUGGACUUUGGAGCUCAGAUCGUGCAAAGAAGUGUCGAGCUUUUUGAUGAGCAUUAUCGUCGCUCUACAGUCGACCCUACUAGCCCAGCAAAUCUAACAACUUACAGCAGUAAAGAAACAUCAAAUAUCAUUAUGCUACUCUCGGAGCUGUACAAUUUUCAAGUUAUUGGGAGCAAUCUAAUCUUUGAUUACGUUAGGAUGUUCCUAGAAAAUCUAUCAGAAUUGCAUGCGGAGUUGUUACUGAAGGUUGUUCGAACGUCAGGCCCUCAACUACGACAUGAUGAUCCUUCGUCACUCAAAGAUAUAGUUGCCAUGAUCAGGACAGCUGUUACCAGCGCUGGUGGCGAACAUAAUCUCUCAGUCCGCACAAAGUUCAUGAUCGAGACGAUCAAUGAUCUCAAAAAUAACAAAAUGAAGACUGGAGGAGCAGCGUCGGCAAUCACCUCUGAGCACACCAUUCGCAUGAAGAAGACUUUAGGGACGCUGAAUACGCGGAGCCUCAAAGCUAGCGAGCCCCUCAGAAUCGGACUUAAAGAUAUCCAGGGCUCCGAUAAGAGGGGAAAGUGGUGGCUUGUGGGUGCUAGCUGGUCAGGGGAUGCAGUCGAGGAAUGCAAACCUUCCGCGGCUGGUUCUGUUUCCACAUCUCAAGUUGAGGAUGCUGGAACUUCGGACCUGGUUCAACUUGCUAAAGAACAGCGAAUGAAUACGGAUGUCCGCCGUGCGAUUUUUAUCACCGUUAUGUCUGCAACAGAUUACCAAGAUGCGUAUCUACGCCUGACGAAGCUCAAGUUGAAGAAGGUGCAGGAGUACGAAAUCCCGAAGGUCUUAAUACACUGUUGCGGAGCUGAGAAGGCAUACAACCCUUACUACACAUUGGUUGCGAAGAAGGUCUGCAGUGAUCGGAAGCUCAAAACCGCAUUCCAGUUCUGUCUCUGGGAUUCGUUCAGGAAAAUGGGCGAGGCCGACGAUGAUGAUGAUGUUGCGGAAGACGAAGAAGACGCCAUGGAUAUUAGGCGUAUUUUCAACCUCGCAAAGAUGUUCGGGUCACUUAUUGCUGAUGGUAGUCUUGAGCUGGGUGUCCUUAGAAAGCUCAACCUGAGCUAUCUCCAAACUAAAACAAAGUCUUUCAUAGAAGUCUUGUUCGUUACCAUCUUCCUCCAGUCCCAGAGGCAGUCGCAGUCCAAGCGAGAUGAGCAGGCCGUUGUCAAUAUUUUAAGCAAGGCCAAAGAUAAUCCUCAGCUCAUUGGGGGUAUGCAGUACUUCUUGAGAAAGGUCGUGAGUAAGACGGAUAUUGCGGGCGGGAAGACAGAGAAGGAGACGGUGAGAUGGGCCUGUAAACUUGCUGGAUUUACUCUUGAGGCCUUUGUUGCCAUGGACAAGUAA